AUGGACUCCACUACUAGCACCACCAACACCACCGCCACCGCCAGCAAGGCUCCAGUCCGACCCAAGUUUGACUGGUACGAGACGGACUCGGCGCUGGUCAUCAACGUGCUGGUGAAGCGGCUCGCCCCCGAGUCGGUUUCGGUGGCCUUCGAGCCGCGAUCCCUUCUCUUCAAGUACAGCGGUCCUCCGACUUCCGCCGCCUCCGAUGGUGGUGAUAACUUCGCCAGCGAGCCGCUGGAGCUGGCACUGAACUUUCCCAGCAGCAUCAUCCCCGGCGAGUGCAGCUUCCGGGUGAGCGCUGUCAAGGCUGAGGUGAAGCUGCGCAAGGUGGCCAAUCUUCGCUGGGGCAAGCUCGAGGCCACCGAAAUCUCCACCGCCGUUCCGAUGGCCUCCCUCUCCAGCCUGCCGCCCGAGGAGGCGGUGGUGAGCGAGGUGAUCGCCAAGCCGCAGCAGAAGCUCGCCCGCCUGGAGGCCCUGCUGAAGGAGCAGGAGAAGGAGGAGGAGGAGCACCAGGGAGUCGACCGGCUUUUCCAGUCGAUCUACGCCAAUGCGGACGAGAACACCCGCCGAGCGAUGAACAAGUCCUUCAUGGAGUCGAACGGAACCGUCCUCAGCACCAACUGGGCCGAGGUGGGCAGCAAGCAGGUGGAGAUGGCGCCCGGCGAGGGCGCAGAGUGGAAGAAGUUUGAGCAGUGA